AUGAGGGGUGGCCAGGACCAAUGGUUAGUAGACUGGCAACGUCGAGCACCGGAGAGGGGGAGCGGGAGUAGACGUGACAGUCAUCUCCCAUCUUCCUGCUCCUCACUGGAGUGUUCAAACGCCUCUGUAGUGAAAGCUAAACCUGAAGACCCUCGACUGUCUGUUAAACUGAACGAUGAGAGAACCUGUGUGGAUCUGGAGAUCUCCUCUGCUGAAGUGGCAGACUCUGCUCUGUACUACUAUGCCUGGAGCCCCAGUGACAGGAAACCCAGACACACUAUACAAAAUCGAAAUGAAAACACUGAACCUCCCCUAAGAGAAAAAUGUUCAUUAUUAGGUUCUUAAAUAGACAAAACAUAUACAUGUAGGCGGGAAAAUGAACGUGAAUUAUUUUCAAUAAACAAUAAUAUAAGUUGAAACAAAUGAAAAAGUGAUAGAAAUUCUUUUGGUUUAAAUUCUAAAUAUGUUGAUAUUUAUACUGUAGAUUCUAGAUAUUAAUAGGAAAACAAAAUAAACUGUAAAUAAGAAUUGCCUCUGUUGAAUAGAUAAAAUUUUUUACAGUAUGCCCUUCAAGAAAUGUUUCCCUAUGACAUCACGUAGACAGAUUCAGGUCCUUUUGUCAACUCUGUUGCCCUAAAAUCAAGAAAAAAAUGAUAAAUACAUAGUUUUAUACAAUAUCCAAUAGCGGGAGACUAAGGUAAUCAUAUUUCAAUGCAGCCCUGCAUUGUGAGGAUGUGACAGUGCAUCAAGCAGCAGCAAGAAGUCUGCUGUUACUUCUGCUCAUCUGACAACUUCUGUAUUUUGGGUGGGGCUUCAAAGGUUUGAGAAGAGAUGGUCCAAUCAAACUAGAAGUAGGAGGAUGUUUGUUAGUAUACAAAAAUCUUGCUGUGAUGUGUGUUAUCAUUUUAACUUCCAGUUUCAGCCACAAUGUCAAUCCUCACAUUUAUUUAGCUUUUAGUACUUGCAUGUAAGUAAUCUACUAUAAUCAGUACUUUUUUAUUGGUGUUAUUUAGAAUCAAAAGUGUUGAUGAGUUGAAAAUAGAUCUAAAACAGAGUAACAAUAGAAGAAUAUCUGGCAGGUGACAGUAAUGGUCAGACCAUUGAGCCAACCAGAGAGGGGGUGUAUGUUCCAGCAGGUACAAUUUUACAUUUUCAUGCACCUACUAUCUGCAGUCUCUCUUCAAUGGUAUCUCCAGGACCCUGGAUCAGCUCCUCAGUAAUCCUGCUUAUCCUGCAUGGUGUUGGGUUUCCAAGGGGCUCCAGAUCUGGAUCCUCGACUGUCAGUCAAACAAAAUGAUGAGAAGAACCGUGUGGAUCUGGAGAUCUCCUUUUGA